AUGGAUGGUGAUUAUAUUGAUGAAGAGAGCGUUAUAAGAAUGUGUGCUGGGGCUGCAUUUUCUGUCAUGGUUCUAGUAGUUACAUUUUUUAGGAGAAUGAGGUCUCGCCGCAGAAUGCUACGAUCUGGACGGAGUGCAGAAAGACUAAGGCAUGAAAAAACUAGGGCAGAGUUGAUGAGUCGUAUCUAUCACGGUUAUAGUGAUAGUUAUCAAAACUUUGUUAGAAUGCGGUCGGGUGCUUUUCUUAAACUAGCAAAGACUAUGAGGACAAAUCAUCUCCUAAAGGACUCAAGAUUUAUAACUGUAGAGGAGCAGCUUGCUAUAACAUUGAAUAUUUUGGGUCAUAAAUCAAAAAAUCGUAUGAUGAGAACGCAAUUUAUACGAUCAGGGGAGACAGUUAGUAGAUACUUCAACAGAGUAUUGCAAGCAAUUUCGUGCAUACAAGGCCGAUAUAUGAAACAAGCACCAAAUGAGGUGCCUCAGGAGAUCCAAAACAAUCCAUCUUUCUAUCUUUUUUUCAAGGAUUGCAUAUGUAUGAUAGAUGGGACACAUGUGGAUGCUAUGCUACCUGCCUCACUUGUUGCGCGUUUCAGAGGGCACAAAUGUGUCACACAAAAUAUUCUUGUGGCUUGCACACCAAACAAAAUGUUUACCUACAUUCUAGCUGGGUGGGAGGAAUCGGCUAACGAUUAUAGAAUCCUUCAAGAUGCUUUAUCUAGACCACAACCUUAUGGCUUACGGGUGUACACUGGUAAAUACUACCUUUGUGAUGCGGGGUACACAACCCAGCCGAGAUUUAUAUCCCCGUAUCGUGGCGUCCGUUAUCAUCUAAAGGAAUUUUCGGGGAGAACACCUCAAAAUAGGAGGGAGUUAUUCAAUCUUAGACAUUCCUCUUUAAGGUCAAGGAUUGAAGCUACAUUUGGUAUAUUGAAGAAUGGUUUCAAGAUUCUCACAGCAAAACCCCACUACCCCUUCAAGACCCAAGUCGACAUUGUCUUGGCAUGCACGGUUCUCCAUAACUACAUUGCAAUAGUGGACCCAGACGAUGACUUGUUGAAUGAGAAUAUCGACAUUUGUGAGGAUGAUACUGAAUUGGAUAUUAAUGAAGAUAAAAACGUUAUUGAUUUCUUGCAGUCCCAAACUGUUAGAGAACAAGGAGCCUCAAAGGAUGAGUGGAGAUCUCGCAGAGAUCAAAUCGCUUUGGACAUGUGGAUUGACUAUUGUUGUAAAUACCGACAUGGUGACACGACUGAGUCUGCGGUGUGA